AGGGCCUGUGGUACAGUCCAUUCAACAUGGACGAACUCGCACCGUGGGCCAUACUUCGAGCGCGUUUAUGCAACUUCAGAGGAGCAGUCCAAAUGAAUUAUUAACUCGUGUGAAUGGAGACCGUUAGAUUUUCACACGAAUAACUUAUGUUCAGAGCUGUUCUGAAGAAGGCCAAUGCAAUCGCCAGGAGAUUCUUGUCAAACGCGCUGCCUUCUUGCAAGAGUCGUAAUCCGAGCUGCACCUCCUUGCGGCUAAAACGGGGUGAUUUGGAGGUCCGUGUGUGUGCAUGGGAGAGUGUGUGUGUGCGUAAUGGACCCUGCGAGAAUAACGGGACUGUACUCGGAUCUGUGCGCGCUCGCGGUCCCGGUUCGAGCGCACGUCAAAGAGCAAAAGCUGAACGGACAGACGCUGUACGACGUCAACACAGAGUGGACUCAGAACGAGCUGGUCCGUGGUUCCAGACUCAGGUUCUGUCAGAGGUGGACCUUGGUCAUAGAAGAGAAGCAAAACAUCCAGUCUGUCCUCCCUCCAGGACCUGCUGUUCCUCUCAAUGCAGAAUGUCUCAGUUCAUUCUCUCCCGUCCAAGGCCUCAGAGCAGUUAUCAAAGACACAAGUGGACACCAGAUUCUCGAGGUUUGGGACGAACGUGGCUUGAGAAAGUGCCUGAACCUCACAGCUCUCAACAAACAUGGACGCAUCUAUGAUGAUGCAUACUUUAGCUGUCUGUCCUGGUCACGAUGUGAAAACAAACUGUUGUACAUCGCUGAGAAAAAAACUGAAUCGCCAAACGCCUCAUCUGGAGAUGUGAAGGAUCGCAGUGUGUACCGUGAGGACUGGGGAGAGGCUCUGUCCCAGAAGAGUUCCCCUGUGCUCUGCUGUGUGGACCUGAGGACAGGGACACACUCCGUGCUGCAGGGAGCUCCAGACCAGGUCUCACCUGGACAGGCACUGUGGUCUUUGGACGGUGAGAGCGUUUUCUUCGUUGGCUGGUUUCAUGAGCCCUACAGACUGGGACUUAAUUUCUGCACUAACCGCAGGUCUGCUUUGUUUCGGAUCGAUUUGGAAGGAAAUUGUGAGCGUCUGUCAGAGGAGAACGUGUCCGUGUUGAGUCCUCGUCUCAGUCCAGAUGGAUCAGCUUUAGCUUUUCUGCAGGGAAAAAUGUUCGGGCCUCACGCUCAGUGCCUCAAGAUGCAACUGUUAGACUUGAAGAGCAAAAAAAUCUCCACCCUUAUUGACGUCGUCCACAGAGUGCAGAAUGGAGAAGACACUGGUGGAUUCGCUGGAGUGUACGAGUCACUGCCCUCCUGCUGCUGGUCUGAGGACAGUCAGAGAAUAGUCUUCAGCAGCGCUCACAAAAACUGGAAGGACAUAUUUGUGGUGGACAGACAGAACAAGAGUGUCUCCUGUCUCUCUGAUAAUGUCUGUGAUGGUUUGAGGGUGUUUGGCUCCUGGAGGCUCCUGACCAUCCACAGAAACCUGAUGGUGGUCUGCUGCUCCAGCCCGAACACUCCGCCCACACUGAGAGUAGGAUUCUUGCCCUCUGGAGGACACAGUGUCUCUUGGAAAACUCUCCAGCCGCCUCUGUGCACAUUUGACUUCUCCUGGACUGUCAUGGAUGUCCGACCCUCAGCAGAAGAGGACAAUGCCAAAUACACUGGUCUAGAUUUUGGUGCCAUUUUGGUGAAACUGCCCACUCAGAGCAAAACCAAACUACCUCUAGCUGUCUUCAUUCAUGGAGGCCCUCAUUCUCAGUUUCCUGCUGAGUGGAACAUUACCACAGCUGCUCUGGUUCAACUGGGACUUGCUGUUUUAAUGGUGAACUACAGAGGGUCCACAGGGUUUGGCCAGGACAGCAUCUUGUCUCUGAUUGGCCAAAUUGGUCAACAAGAUGUCAAAGAUGUACAAAGAGCCGUUCAGUUUGCUCUCCAGACUGACACGACCCUUGACCCUGAGCGGUUGGCGGUUUUUGGGGGGUCACACGGUGGGUUUCUGUCCUGUCACCUGAUUGGCCAGUUCCCAGAUGUCUACAGAGCAUGUGCAGUGAGGAAUCCUGUGGUGAACGCGGCCACUCUCUUGGGGACCAGCGACAUCAUUGACUGGAGAUACAGCAGUGUGGGUAUGCAUUUCUCCUAUGAGCAGAUUCCAACAGCUGAAGCUCUGGCCACCAUGUUGGAGAGGUCACCCAUCACACACGCCGCAAAGAUGAAGUGUGCCUUGCUGCUGAUGCUGGGGGGAAGAGACCGUAGAGUGUCUCCUCACCAGGGCCUGGAGCUGUACAGAGCUCUGAAGAGCAGGGGGAGGACUGUCAGGCUGUUAUGGUUCCCUGAAGACGGCCACUCUCUGUCUCGUGUGGACACUCAGACAGACUGCUUCCUCAACAUGGUUCUGUGGCUGCAACAACAUCUCUGAUACUUCUUCUCUAAGUCUGGACUAAAACCCUUGUGGUGCUCGAAACUGAAUGAUUCAGGUCUGAAUUUGGGCUAGGAUCCUUUGUUUGUUAAUGAGCCUUAUACACCAGCAACUUUUCUUAAUUUACGAUGCUAAUUUUAAAUGACAAUUAUUGUAAAUAACACAUUUACAAUAUAAUGUAAAUAAUGACAGUUGAGAUUUAAGCUUUAUUUAGAUUGAAUGAAAGUAAUAACAAUAAUAUGUAUUUGAACUGGCAUGAACACGCUGAAAUACACUUUACAUUGCAUGAUUGUACGCUACUUCUAUGGCUGAAGGAAGUAUGCAUUUUAUAUUGAUAUUAAAGAAAAUAAUCUUGUCAAAGCAUGUAAUAAAUCCAAACUUAAAUUUU